CCAGAAGUAAAACAACGGGAAGGCGUCUGAUUGUAGGUGAAGAAGAAUAAAAAGAAACCUAAAAGCUGUUGAUAGUUGACUAAGAUUGUGAUUGCCUUUUGAUAUUUCUGCCCUGCACAAGUGAAGAUGAUCAAAAUUGAUGCAUUCGGGCUUUUUUAAUUUAUGGAGAUUUGCCUAGUUUGUUCUCUUUUCAGUUAACGAGUGAUUUUGCUCAAUCAAGCUGACUGCUACUGUUAGAGGAAGGUGUUACUUGUAUUAUCGACGAAUUCUAUUGUCACAUCGGAAAUUUGUCAAGAACACGGUUUCUUUGGAGGGUAUCAAUAAGCAGGUUAUGCUUAGAUGCAAACGUCUCAGAAACACCAAACUCCUGCCACUAUCCACAGGUUGUAUGACCAACCUGUUAAGGAAAUCGAUCAAUUUUGUUUGCCUCAUAUCCAGAUAUUAGAGAACAAUGUAUGUUCAGAUAUUGGCAGCCAGGGAACUGGCGUCUCUUUUCAAGCUUACAAUGACCAUAUUUUUACUCUGGAAUCAUCCACCGCAAUUGCCAGUUUUGCUGCCUAUGAUUCCCCUUCUGUUAUAAGUGUCUCAUCGAGCAGGAGCCCGUUCUCCCCUCAAGGGUCUCAAUCAUGGAUAUCCGAUCCUCAUCAUUCCCCUGACAAUAAUCACGGAUCACCAUUCAGUGGAUCUUCUGCUGUUGAUGAUGAUAGCAUUGGGUUGAAGCACAAACUGCGGGAGCUGGAAAUUUCCUUGUUGGGGCCUGAAUCGGAUGUUAUAGACAGCAGCAAUUGCUGCUUCAGUAGUGGAGCCCACCAAGCUGGUUCAGUGGCAGGCAUGAACCACAAUCAACUGAUGGACAUGAUUCCUAGAUUAAACUUGAAGGAGGUGCUUGUUGCCUGUGGUCGAGCCCUUUAUGACAAUGAUAUGUCAACAGUGGCGGGUUUAAUGCAUGUAUUGGAGAAAAUGGUAUCGGUAUCCGGGCAACCAAUUCAACGAUUGGGUGCUUAUGUGCUGGAAGGGCUUAGGGCAAGGUUGGAGUCCUCAGGGAGUAAUAUCUACAAAGCCCUGAAAUGCGAACAACCGACUAGCUCGGAACUAAUGUCUUACAUGGGUAUUCUCUUCAGGAUUUGCCCAUACUGGAAGUUUGCAUACACAUCAGCUAAUGCUGUCAUCAAGGAAGUCGUGCAAUAUGAGCCCAGAAUUCACAUCAUUGACUUCCAAAUAGCACAAGGCACCCAGUGGAUGUUCCUUAUAGCAGCUUUAGCGAAACGCCCUGGUGGACCCCCGUCUAUCCGCAUAACUGGGAUCGAUGAUUCUCAGUCAAAUCAUGCUCGAGGUGGGGGACUUAAUAUCGUGGGGCAAAAGCUAUCAGAAUUUGCCAAGUCAUACAAUGUGCCAUUCGAGUUUCAUGAUACUAAUAUGACUAGUUGUGAGAUUCAGCUACAGCACCUUAAUGUCCAUCCUGGGGAAGCCGUAGUCGUGAAUUUUCCGUAUGUAUUGCAUCACAUGCCCGAUGAGAGUGUAACUAUCUGGAAUCACAGAGACCGACUGUUGAGAUUGGUGAAGAGUUUGUCACCCAAGGUUGUUACCCUCGUUGAGCAAGAGUCUAACACCAACACAUCCCCGUUCUUUUCAAGGUACGUCGAGACACUAGAGUAUUACACAGCUAUGUUCGAAUCCAUAGAUGUAGCUUGUCCAAGAGAUGACAAACAAAGGAUCAAUGCAGAGCAGCAUUGUGUGGCUCGUGAUAUCGUGAAUAUGAUUGCUUGCGAAGGGCCUGAAAGGGUGGAAAGACACGAACUUCUCGGGAAGUGGAGGUCAAGAUUCGUAAUGGCCGGUUUUUCUCCGUAUCCAUUGAGUACCUCGGUCACAACAGCUGUAAGAGAUAUGCUGAAGGAGUAUGACAAUAACUAUAGACUUGUAGAGAGAGAUGGUGCUCUCUAUCUUGGGUGGGGAAACAGAGCUAUGGCAACCUCUUCUGCAUGGAGCUGAAAAAUCUCAAUACCAACAGUGAUUCCUCCAUGGAUUCUGUGAAUUCUCCCCACAUUUUUCUUUUCUUCUCUUAAUUUUAUAUCAUCGACCCUUUAGCGUGUGUUGUAAAUUUAUAGAAAUAUGAGCUUUAGCUUUGUGUUGUUUUUUAGUGUUAGAAAAAGAGACUGAAAUUUCAAUCUCAAUGUACGUCUCUUUCGAAA